AUGGAUGAUGACGUUGAUGUUAACGUGCUGACGAUACACGUUGAUGGUAACGUGUUUAUGAUACACGUUGAUGACAACAUUGGUGAUAAUGUUGAUGAUAACGGAUUGAUGAUACGUGUUGGCAAUAACAUCGAUACAAAUGAAGGUGAUGAUAAUGAAACAGAUACAUUGAUACUUGUUAAUGGAAAUGUUAGAUCAGAUGAAGAAAGAAAUCGGCAAG